CACAUAAUUCAUUCUUGCCACCGCGGAAACUAACGAGUGUUCAGAGCACGUAUACAUAGGUGGAUAUAUAAGUUAAGUGUAUCAUGGCACCUAAGGGUAAGGGAGGGGCCAAGGCGGCCGCUCGUCAGGCCAAGCUUGAUGACAAGAAAAGUAAAAAGGCAGCGUCAAAAGCUGCAAAAGAGGAUGUCGCGGUUAUCUCUGAUAUUGUAAUGACCGGAGAGUCGGCUGUGCAGAAUGCCCAGUCGCGUGAUAUCAAGUUUGUGAAUUUCUCGCUGAUGUACAUGGGUCAAGUUCUUAUCCAAGAUACCAAUCUCGAGUUAAGUAUGGGACGUAGAUACGGUCUCCUGGGCCGCAAUGGAUCAGGAAAGUCGACUUUCUUGAAGGGUUUGGCGAACCGUGAGGUACCUAUUGGAGAUCACAUUGAUAUCUAUCACUUGGAUAGAGAAGCCGAGCCAGAGCCUGUGAACGCACUACAGGCGGUUAUCAAUUUCGUCCAGAAAGAACACGAGCGUCUAGAAAAGGAAGAAGAGUCGAUCAUGGAGACCGAUGGACCGGAUUCCCCUCUGCUCGAUGAUAUAUAUAGACGUCUGGAUGAAUUAGAUCCAUCCACAUUCCAGAAGCGCGCUGGUGAGCUGCUAUUCGGAUUAGGUUUCAGUCAUCAGAUGAUGAUGAAGGAGACCAGAGAUCUGUCCGGUGGUUGGCGUAUGCGAGUGGCCCUUGCACGUGCCUUGUUUGUGAAGCCUACCCUUCUACUACUGGACGAGCCAACGAAUCAUUUGGAUUUGGAAGCCUGUGUGUGGUUGGAGCAGUAUUUAAGUACGUAUGACCGUAUCCUGAUUGUGGUGUCGCACUCUCAAGAUUUCCUGAACGGUGUGUGCAAUAACAUGAUGCACCUCACCCAAGAUAAGGAGCUGAUGUACUACGGAGGCAACUACGACUCGUAUGUUAAUACGCGUAAGGAGAACGAAGUCAAUCAGAUGAAGCAGUACGCCAAACAGCAAGAAGAGAUCAAGAACAUUAAGGAUUUCAUUGCUACCUGUGGUACUUAUGCCAAUUUGGUGCGACAGGCCAAGUCGCGUCAGAAGAUCUUGGACAAAAUGAUUGCUGAUGGUCUGAUUAAGAAGGUUGAGGAAGAGGGCUGUGUGCCUCUGUCCUUCCCCGAUCCCGAUAUCCUGACACCCCCCGUAUUGGCCUUCAAUGACGUUGGUUUUGCGUACAAUGGCAAGGAAGAAGAUAUGUUGUACAAAAACCUGGAGUUUGGAGUAGAUCUUGACUCCCGUAUUGUACUUGUGGGUCCCAACGGAGCAGGAAAAUCCACUCUUCUCAAGCUUAUGCAGGAUGAGAUCUCACCCACCAAGGGUACCAUCAACCGACACACGCAUCUGUCUAUGGCGCGAUACCAUCAGCACUCGACGGACCAGUUGAAUCUUGAUCAGACACCCAUCGAAUACAUGCGCACAGAGUUCGCGGAUUUGAACCUCGGUAUUGAUGUGUGGAGGCAACGCCUUGGAAAGUUCGGAAUCACUGGAAAGACUCAGGUGUCGACCAUUUCCACUAUGAGUGACGGGCAAAAGAGUCGUCUGGUAUUUGCCUGGUUAGCCGAGAAGAAGCCGCACCUGCUUCUAUUCGAUGAGCCUACCAAUCACUUGGAUAUGGAAGGUAUCGAUGCGCUUGCCAAGGGUAUUAAUAUGUUCAAGGGCGGUAUGGUACUAGUAUCGCACGAUUUCCGUCUGCUGCAACAGGUCGCGAAGGAGAUCUGGGUAUGCGAUAAGAAGACGGUGAAGAAGUGGCCUGGAGAUAUUCUGAGUUACAAGAAACAUCUGCACGAUGUAAUGAAAGAUUACGUUGCACCCACCUCAGGAUAAAUCAAAGCUUAUGCGAUUGCGUAGGCGUUAGUGAGUGGUGUUGGCGUUAGUGAAAGCGUACGGCGCCGAGAAUUGUGAGGAUUAGGUUCUCAUGGUGUGAACAUAGGAAAGCUUCGGGUGGUGAGCUUCGAUGCCAUAACCGUAUAGAUUGUAUACGGAUAUGAAGCACAGUUGUCGUGUAUUUGUGGGAAACAGAAUAGUAUUUAACUACGUCUUGUACAGGUUGGGAUGUUCCCACCCACAGAACACGAUUUCUUGAUAUGCGAUAUGAACCGGACUAGUGUAUAUUUAGUUAUAAAAGAGUUACGUUGCUCCAUUUAUCGAGAUGUACAUUCUUGUUUUGUUUUUUUUCUGACUAUGGAGUAUUGGUAUGU